UCCCUGAAAUAUAUAUAUAUAUAUAUAUAUAUAUAUAACGUCCAGAUCCAGAAUAAUGGUGUUCAGUGGCACUGGCCCCGGUCGAAUUAGAGCACACGUAGACUUCUAAUUGGGGGAGCAGCUAUUAUAUAGGACACAAGAUUCAGCAGCAAAGCCAUAGUGUAUAUCAUGGCAAGCUCAAAUAUCCCUUACUGUGUUCAGUUUAUAUUUCUAGCCAUCCUCGUAUCAACAACAUGCUGCUUCGGGGGAUACCAACGAACAAAUAACGAGCUUAGGCCACGAUACGAUUCUGUGGAUUCAGCGUCCAAUGAACUUGCACUGCAUCUGCAUCAGAUUUUAAGUGAUUCUGGGAGUCAACAUGCACUUCCGGGUGAUUACUCGUGUGGAGGGAGGAGAUGUGCAUCUAAGGAUGAUGGUGCCGGUCGCAGUGCCAUGGGCUGGGGAGAACUGAUGCUUGGGUUUAAGCACUCUGUUUUCGACCAUUACAGUUCUCUCCUUAAUAUGAUCAGAAACCUCCCUAACAAGAAGCAAGUGGAAAGGUAUAGGCCAAGCAAGGGGGAGCAUCAUCCGAAGAUGUUGUUUGUCUUCGGCGAUUCCCUGUUUGAUGCGGGCAACAACAAAUACAUCAAUACAGAUUAUGCUCCAACCAAGUACCCAUAUGGGUUCACCUACUUCACCAAUUCCACAGGAAGAAUAUGUGAUGGACGCAUCCUCCCAGACCUUAUUGCGGAAUACGCAAAUCUGCCUUUGAUUCCACCGUCACUGCAACCAGAGGCAGACUUCUCUUAUGGAGCCAACUUCGCCUCAGGAGGAGCAGGCGUUCUCAACUGGACUAAUAGUAACUUAAAUAUGAUCAAUUUUAUGGAGCAAGUUGGCCAAUUUAAAGAUAUGGCAAGGAGACUGAACGCAACAUUAGGUCCCGAUAGAGCAAGGGAGAUUUUGGGCCAAGCUGUCUACUUAUUCAGCAUUGGUGGCAAUGACUACAUCUACUAUUUCACUGAGUUUUACUCGGAGGGCCAAAUCGCAUUCCAAAACGUGGGGCCAAUGGGAUGCCUUCCCUCUCUCGAAAUGGACUAUCCUGAAUAUAACGGGAGUUGCAUCCCGGUGCUACUCUCAAUGCCCAUUUUACAUAACAAGGAGCUCUAUGAAGCACUCACGGAUUUGGCUGAACGUUUAGAGGGAUUCAAGUUCUCGGUUAUGGAUUACUUGCCUUCCCUUUAUGAUAGAAUGAUGGAUCCUUCUAAGUACGGUUUCGAGAUCGGGAGAGCCCCAUGCUACGGCAAAGAUGGCAGAGAUUACCGGGGACCUCGGGGAUAUGGCUCAGGAAAUUAUACCCUUUGUGAGUAUCCGAGUGCGUAUGUUUUCUUCAAUGCCGCUCACACGACUCAAAGAGCCAAUGAACAGUUGGCCAAGCUCUUAUGGGAUGGGGAUCCUUCAGUGACAAGACCUUAUACUGUGAAGCAACUUUUCGAGGAAGACUAAGGCUUUACUUAUUCCAAUGCAAUGAUAGGCUAUUAGCGUUAAGGAACGAGGGAAAGAAAAAGGGGGAUGAGGAAGUGGUUGAUGUGAAUCAUACCCUACAUUGUCAUCGAAUUCCCCAAUAAAUUGAUUUUUUGAACAACCAAUCGAUCUUAUUAAUGACCAACU